AUGAUGUUCACCAAGACUUUCGGCCUGGCUGCCGUCUUCGCCACCAUGGCCUCUGCCCUUCCUUCUGGCGUGAUCCGCCGCGGCGGCCCUGCUCCUCCGAGUGGCUCCGUCCUGAUCACCAACAACUUGAACCAGGAUGUGUACGCUUGGUCGGUUGCUGAUACCGCCGGCCCCAUGCAAACCCUGUCUGCCAACGGCGGCACCUACACGGAGGCCUGGCGCGCCAACCCCAACGGUGGUGGUGUCUCCAUCAAGCUGGCCACCGACCCCAACCAGUCCGAUGUGCUUCAGUUCGAGUACACCGAGAGCACCGACACCAUCUUCUGGGAUCUGUCUUGCAUCAACAUGGGCACUGGCUCCGAGUUCACCAAGUACGGCUUCUCCGUCUUGCCUUCCGACUCUGGCUCCGAUUCCAAGUCUUGCCCUUCUGCUGUCUGCAAGGCCGGCGACUCUGCCUGCGCCGCUGCCUACCUUCAGCCCACGGAUGACCACGCUACCCAUGGGUGCCCCAUCGAUACUGGCCUGGCUCUGACCAUCGGCCAGUAA